AUGCCCAAAGACAAAGACGGGGUGGUUAUUGCUUCUCUGUCAGGGAAAUGGGUAUCAUGGGCUCAUACUACUGUCGCGUACUGUGCUUUCUUUAGCGCGUUGAUCGUAGGAAUGUGGCUGCAUUUCCACAAAAUCGUCCAAAACGAGCACUAUGGUUAUCCAGAUGAAUGGUUCCCUUCGGUAUCUGCCACAAUUGGCGACCGUUAUCCUGAGCGCUCUAUCUUCCAAUUAUUUAUUGCAGUCACUUCUGGUCCUCGCUUUGCUCUAGUAUUUCUGUGGUACAUUCUUACCGCGCGACCUGGCCGCUUUGCACCGAAGUUUGUCGGUUGCGUUGGUCUAAUGCGUACAUUCUUGUGUGGUGGUUGGGUCUAUAUCACCUCUACGGACGACCAUGAUUGGCAUGACAUUUUCAUGAUCUCGUAUCUUGUGUUCACCCUUCCAUGGACAAUCGGAUGCCUUAUGCUGUCCCCCAUGAACCAACAAGCUAUCAAGUACAGGAAAAUGCUAGCAGGGCUUUUCUUUGGAACACUCGUUCCAUUGAUCUAUUUCUUUAUUCAACAUAAAGUCCAUAAAGUAGCUGGAGCUUAUACUAAAUACGCUUUCUUUGAGUGGUCCUUGAUCCUGUUCGAUGUUGGGUUUGAUGCAGUCACGGCCCUAGACUUUACAGGACUUGAAUUACAGGUUGUUGAUACAAGGAGGAAUGGCAAAGGAAACGGCGCUAUGCUGUCAGAUACCCUGUUGGAAAAGGCGAAGGACGAUAGGAUGCGAAUUCCGCAGCAGUUGUUAGGAGAGAAUUUUUCAUGGGAUCAUAUGAUUGAUAUUGCCGCAGAUAUUUAUAGUGGCUUCAUGUUUUGGUCAAUCCUAACCUCGCUCGGUGUAACCAUAUGGUUCUUUCCGCUAUGGCACAUGGGAAUUUCCGGUUACGAAGUCCUGGUAUUGACUACGGCUUCUCCACUUUUACUUGGCUUUCGUCCCAUCCGUCAAGCAGCAGUGAACAAUCCCCGUGCUGCAUAUUUGCUUUCGCUCUCAGGACUUCUUGCUUUUGCAGUUACGAUGCCUGAGGUACGUCUGUUUGCUGUUGCCGCAGGUGUUGUCUUCACUUGCCUUGCCUGGACCGGCAGUUUUUACGCUGAAAGGUCAAACCCUGCCAGGCUCGAGGCAAAAAUCACUGCCUUUUCUCUCGGGUUGAUCGCGUCCAGCAUCGCAAAAUUUGCUAACCAUAGCAACAACCCUAUCUGGCCCAUUAUGAACGCAGAGAAUGGUGGAUGGAACAAAACUGGUCUUAUUCUAGCCAUCUUGGCAAUCCUUCGCUCGACGCGAAGGACUUCCUCUACGUAUGGAGAACUUCCAUUACCAGCACCAGGAGCGAAGAACGAAUCUUCGAUUUUUGCAAUCAUUGGGCUGGGAGGCUUGCUUUUUGGUCUUCAUUCACUACUCUCUGAUUCUAGUACCAUGAUCCUAUGGGUUUGGGAUGGAUAUCCAGUUAAAGGACCUCUUGCGGUCCCGCAUGGGGCGUGGACUAUUCUGGCCAUGGGCGUGGGAUUCCUGAUUGGGUUGUACAGAAGCGAUCUGACGCAGACCUGGACUCUUUAUGGUGUUGCAUGCACUUCCGCAGCAAUUUUCUAUGGAAAUCCUGGGUGGUUUGGAUACUAUGGAGCCCUUGUUCUGGCCACAUAUCUUAUGGCGCUCAUUCCCACAUUUAUUCAAUCAGCGGCCAGACACAGCCCUGGAAAGACUUUCGGUUCUGCGUUUAUGUGCUACAAUAUUAUUGUCCUGGCGCACGUUUGGGUCGUCGCUUAUGCAUUCGUUCCCGGCGGCCCGUUGCUCCGUGAGAGGACAGACUUGGUCAUGGCUGGAAUGAUGCUUAUGAUCGGUGCCGGCGUAUUUGCAACCACGAGCUACCGCUCAAAGGUUUCCAAAUCAAAGGUGCAUGAAUCUCCUGUGAGGAGCCGUUUCAAAACCUACUCAGUCUACUCUUUAAUUGUGCUGGAGUUGUUUUCUGCAUCUGUUGCCUACAUUCGUUUCCCAUCGUUCAACUACGAACCGUACAACAAAGAUGCAAAGGUUGUCACUGCCGGAAUCUGGACCGUGCACUUUGCAUUGGAUAAUGAUAUGUGGAGUAGUGAGAGACGUAUGAGGGAUGUUAUCAAGGAGUUGGAAGUUGAUGUUAUUGGACUGCUCGAGUCGGAUCUUCAACGUAUCAUCAUGGGUAACCGCGACAUGACUCAGUUCCUCGCUGAGGAUCUGGGAAUGUACGCGGAUUUUGGGCCUGGACCGAAUAAGCACACAUGGGGUGCUGCAUUGUUAUCUAAGUUUCCUAUCGUCAACUCAACACACCACCUUCUUCCUUCGCCGGUGGGAGAGCUUGCACCCGCCAUUUUGGCAACACUGGAUAUGUACGGCGAAAUGGUCGAUGUCCUAGUUUUCCACAGCGGACAGGAGGAAGAUGUUGAAGACAGAAGACUUCAGUCUGAGGGCAUCGCAAAGUUAAUGGGAGAUAGUCCGAGACCACUCAUUCUGUUGAGUUACCUCGUGACGGAGCCUAAACAGGGGAACUAUAAUACCUACGUUAGCGAGCAGAGCAGGAUGAGAGAUAUUGAUCCUAGUGACUGGGAUCGAUGGUGUGAAUAUAUCCUUUAUAGAGGUCUAAGAAGGAUUGGGUAUGCAAGGGUAUCUCGAAGUACUAUCACAGAUACCGAGAUCCAGUUGGGUAAAUUUAUUGUUGGCAUGUCCGAGGGUGGUGACACGAUUGUCCCUGAGUCGGAUAUUCAGCCACAGUUCAGAUUCCCAGCCAUGUUUAAGGGCGAGGGUGUCCGAGGUCAUGCUUAUCAUGUGUUGGAUGACGAGCCACGGUACUACAUGUAA